AUGAAAUUCGUCGCGGUGUUUGCAUUUGUGUGCCUGUUGGGUGUGUGCCUUGCCGAAGAUACCUCCAUCGUGUCCGACGACAAGGAGAUGAACGUUGACGGCAGCUACAAGUUCUUCUACGAGCAGUCCGAUGGACAGAAGCGUGAAGAAAAGGCAGAGCUGAAGGCAUCCUCUGCGGAUCCGGAAGUGCAGGCCAUCUCGGUUAGCGGAUCGUACGAGUACACCGACAACAACGGCAAGCGCUAUCUCGUCACUUACACCGCCGACGAGAACGGGUACCGUCCAAUGGUGAAGCAGCUGUAA